GACCACUUCCGGCGCGGACCAGAAGUGGCGCUCCUGAGCCUCCCGGGAGGCGGGAUGGCGGCUCGGGCCGCGCUGCUGCUGCUUCUGCUGGGAGCGGCGGGAGCCGGCCCCGCCCCGGCGCAGGGUUCUCGGGGCGACCGGGAGCCCGUCUACCGGGAGUGCCUGACCCACUGCGAGAGGCGCAACUGCUCCGGGGCCGGGCUGCGGCACUUCCGCUCCCGCCAGCCACUCUACAUGAGCCUGACAGGCUGGACCUGCAAAGACGAUUGCAAAUAUGAAUGUAUGUGGCUUACGGUGGGCCUUUACGUCCAAGAAGGCUACAAAGUGCCUCAAUUUCAUGGAAAGUGGCCCUUUUCCCGUUUCCUGUUUUUUCAGGAACCUGCUUCUGCCUUUGCUUCAUUCCUUAAUGGACUUGCCAAUUUUGUGAUGCUGAACAGAUACAAAGCUCUUGUCCCUCGUUCUUCUCCCAUGUACCAUACUUGUAUCGCCUUUGCUUGGGUUUCUUUAAAUGCCUGGGUCUGGUCUACAGUUUUCCACACUCGAGAAACAAACCUAACUGAGAAAAUGGACUAUUUUUGUGCAUCAGCAGUCAUCCUUCAUUCUAUUUACUUGUGUUGUGUCAGAACCCUGGGCCUGAAACAUCCAACCUUUGCUAACGCCUUUGGGUGCUUCCUGCUGCUCUUCCUGGCCUGCCACGUCUCGUAUCUCACGCUUGUGCGCUUUGACUAUGGUUACAACAUGGCUGCUAAUGUGGCAAUUGGCCUUCUCAAUCUUUUUUGGUGGCUGGGCUGGUGCGUGAGGAAUCAACAACGUCUGCCUUACGUCUGGAAGUGUGUGGCAGUUGUGCUACUGCUCCAGGCUUUGGCUCUUCUGGAGCUUCUGGAUUUCCCACCAUUGCUUUGGGUCUUUGAUGCCCAUGCCAUCUGGCACAUCAGCACUAUCCCUGUCAACAUCCUUUUCUACAGUUUCCUUGUUGACGACAGCCUUUAUCUCUUGAAGGCCAACUCUGACAUUCUUAAAAUAGACUAAACCCUUUGGUGAAAUAUAGCUCGGAGCAAGGCAUACAGCUUUAUGGAAGAUACCCCUCAAUUACUUCCAUCAUCCAAGGAGUGCAGAGCUUUAGGCCUACUUUGUUCUAAGUAUCGGUGACAAUUUGCACUCCUGUUUCUGCUCUUCUACACCUAAAGCAUCCAUAUCUGGAUUCUGUUGCCAUGAAUGGACUGCCUUCUUUCCUAACUAUGUCAAGAUUUACAUACCUUCUCCCCUGGAACUUGAUUUGGGUUCCUUAUUUUGCCUUCCCAACAAUUUUCAUGCCUCUCUGGAGAGAGCAGGGACUGAUUAGCUUGUUCUACCCAGUUCCUUUUUUUUCUUUUAUGAGUGGCUUUAUUGUAGGUGCACUUGCUGGUCCAGAAGGUUUUGCUAACAGGGCAUCAAAAUGAGCACUGAAAAUGGCAGUAGCUGUUUUUGCCAAACUGGAGCUUGUUUGUGUAGAAACCUUCUAUGGCUGAUUUGGAAGAUCAAUUACGUGAGCAAAGAAAUUGUUAUACUGCUUUCCUAAGAGGCAGGGCCAUCCCUGCCAUUAGGUAAAGUGAAGCAGUCAAUUUAGAUAUCAGAUAUGAAGAUGAGAAACAAGAAUGACUGUAUGUUCUACAAAAUCUGUCCUGGACUCCCCCUUUUUUUUUUUUUUUGGCUUCUGUCCUCAGAUGCAGUGGGAGACAUUAUUCCUUCUCUACUGUUAAAGAUUCAGCUGUCACUCUAAUCAGGUUUUAUGUACAAAAUGGAGGGAUGCACAGCAAAUGUCUUGAGAAGGCUAUUUUUUUGUUCUUUGCCAAAUAUCAGGAACUUGCUUCUACUCUAGAAAGGAGAACAGAAGAUUGAUGCUGUGUUGUAAUUAUUUCUCUUAAACAAGCAACAGCACAUAUAUCCUGUCCCAAUUAUAAUUUAUCCCUCCUUAUUGCUGUAUACAUACUCUUGAGACACUCAAUUAUUACUACUAUAUCAUCUGUUCUGGGGUGCUAUGUCCUAGGAUUUGGUGUCUAAGCCAUGGCCCAAAUUAUGUUUGGAGAAAAUCUUAAGGAAUCAUGCUAGAAAACAAAAUGGCUGAAAUGAAUACUGUGAAAUUUCCAUCAGAGACUAUUUUUACCAGGCUGUGGAAGUUAUUUAAGGAUUUUUCAAGAUGAAAUGCAAGCCAGAGCUAGCAAAGAAAUAAAUAGCAUUACUCUUUUCCAUCUGCUCACUAUUUUUAAAAUAGCAAUAUAGACACUAUCAACUGGAGUGGGGGCUGAGCAUGUGGACGAUAAGAUUUGUUUCGCUGUAUCCAGCCAAAACUCCAUCCGGGCCAUUGCCAUCAGUUGCAGUCAGCUGUGGCCAAGAAGUUCACAAGCAAGACCCGACAAGAAGAUUUUUCCUCUGCUACCUAUCUCCAGCAUCUCUGAAGUCUGUUUUCUCAGGUUUUGUUUUCAGCUGCUCUGGCUAGUCAUCAUUGGACCAAUCAAACCCCUUUGAGUUGGAUUCAUGAAGCCUGAAAAUUUAUUGUGUACUUUUGGCAUCCAAUCCAUCUUCUUUCUGUCUUUUGGAAGAGCUUGCAGCUAAAAGAGGAGUCCCUUCCAGUUUGGGACAGAAAGCAUAAAACUGUUUCUGCCAACACGCAAGGUUGAUUUCUUGCACCUUCCCUGCAGUGCUUCUAACCUUCCCACAUCUUGGUCAUCUGGAAAUGAUAGCACUACUCAUUAGGGACCCAUUAGGGUCAGCAAUGAUCUGAGAUACACAAAUGUGUUCAGCCUCUUAGAAAGAUCUUCCAGAAGACAACCCAGAAGAGGAAGCAGAGGAGGCCAGAAGUGCCUUUUGUGCAAAGAGUGCCAAAGUGUUUCUAAGGUUCCCAGGACUAAAAAAAAGAACCAAAGUUUUAAAAGAGACAAUGGAUCGCUCAUAUAGGUGUUGUGACUAAUCGGCCACUAGGUGGCAAUGGACACCAAUUCACCAGUGCUUUGAAAAGUUCCUUUUUAAUCAGAUGUUAGACUUUUCAUACUUUGUUUUAAUGCUGUGCUUUUGUUUUCAAAAUCAAGGGUUUCUUUAUUAAAUUGCUAAAGGGUACUUUGGAUGCAUAUAUACUGUGCCGUGAAUGCCGUUUGACACUACUAUAAUUGCUGUGGCUCAAUUCUAUGAAAUAGUGGGAUCUGUAGUUUUAUUUGCUCUUUAGCCUUCUUUGCCAAAAGUGUAUUGGUGCCUCACCAAUCUACAAAUCUCAGGAUUCCAUCAGACUGAGCCAGAGCAGUUAAAAUGGUGUCAAACUGCAUUUUACAGUGUAGAGACAGCUUAAGAGAAGAUUUGCCAAUCCUUUGUCUUUUGCAGGAUAUAGCCACAGAGUAUGGUUGUAUUCUUCUGUGUUACCAGCAUGUGCGACUUCUUCGCAGUGUACUGAGGUUCUUUGGCAACUGGGCCAGUGUGCAAAAAGUUUAGUGAGAUAGGAAGAUUUUUAAAAGCCUUUGUUUCAGUGGAUUAUGUUUACCAUUAGAAUUUUCACCAAAUCCGGGAAGAGAAGGACUAGAAAGUUAUGUUUCAUUGUGACUACUCACCCAUCCCUUGGUGACAGAACUCCAUGCCUCUGAAGGUUGUGUGGCAGGCAGAUAUUUAGGAUUCAAAGCUAUCUCCACAGUCAGAGCAUCUCCAUGUCAAGUAAUAGAGCUGGAUAAUGGAGUGCUUCUCAGACUGUAAAUUACUUUUUUUCCUCGUAUCAAGUGUAUGCUGAUUGGCUACAGUUGUUCCUUUUUUUACUGGAAAAUUGCACGGACCAGCAGCCAAUAGCUCAUGGAUCAGCACCAGUCUAGGAACAUCCAUUGGUGUCAUGAUUAGUGUGUUAAGCUGAGACUUGUAAGAUUUGGGCUCUAGUCUUCAUUUAGCUAAAAGUCAGUGGCUAACCUAGUGUGAGUUACUCCUGGCCUGAUCUACCCCAGAGGAUUCUUGUGGAAAGUGGAGAACUUUUGAACUCAUUGUAGGAAUAGUGGAGUAUAAAUGUAAUAGAGGAAUAUAAUAAUACACCUUUGGUGCCUGGUCAAGUUCUGCCUGUUUUAUAGCUGCUCAAAAGCAUGGGGAGAACCCUGCCAAGAAAAAAAGCAGACAGAUCUUUUUAUCCUCCCCAUCAAAUGUGGAUGGAGCUCACAAUGUGCCAGAGGAGAGCAAACAAAGGGGAUCCAAACAGAUUGGCCUUCAUUGUCAGGUUGUUAGAACAGUUGGCAAAAAUGUAAACUUGAAUAAGUAUGCCUGGUAUAGGUGGAGUUUUAUUGUCAGACUCGGUUAUUACCCAGAUUUUAAAAUUACAGAAUAAAGACCAGGACCUUUCCAUGCAAUUCUAUAACAGAGAUUCAGAAUUUAGCUCAUGGAUUCAAUCUCCUGGAAGCUUCAUGUUUUGUACUCAUAAAAAAAACAAUCAUGCUAUUUCGUGCAUACCUGUUGUGAUUGAACUGUGACUGAUUGCCAUUAUGCAGUCAGGAAAAUACCAUUCUGCAAGGAGGUAUUGGAUACUUUUUGUGCAAUGUCUGCAUUCUGCAAUACUUGCAUUCUGUCAUCAAGGGGAUUCCAGCCACUAAUGCUAAUAUUCUGCAGACUUCUGUGUAAACAUGUUAGCUAGCUUUCCCAACUUGAUGCCUUCCAGAUGUUUUGAGCUAGUGUCUUCUUCCUCAGCAAGCUUGAUCAAUAACUAUUGUGGCUAGGGAUUGUUUGGGACUUGUAGUCCAAAAAAGAUAAAACCAGGGCACCAGGUUGAAGAAGGACAAAGUGUAGUAUAUAUCAGAGAUGUGAAACAUAUUGAAAGUGUCGAAACUACCUCUGCAGUUUGCCCAUGUCUCCAAAGGUGCCAGGGCCAAACUAGAAGGAACAUGUGGUAGGCAUGCUCCUACUGUCACUGUUAGCACACCCCUCCUCUGUAAGCAGAGUUAUGCAUGGGAAGACAACCAAGCUGGUUGGGAAAGGGAUGCAAAGUUGGGACCACUGGUCUUCUCACUGACACAGCAGGAGGAGCCAGCUUGCUGUGCUCUUCACUUGGUUGCCAGGGCCAACUGCACAGUACUUUUGGGCCUCCAGGACAUUUUUGCAUGCUUGCUUUUAUAUAGUAUCCACCUUCAGAUUAACUCUAAUCCUGUUGCUAUAGUCAAAAAACCACUUCUCUUCUAUUGGCCCCUGCAGUGCCCCCAGUUUCUAAGAACUGUACAUUCCACACAAGCUUUGCCAACCUUUUUGGCUGGGAGCUUGGAAACUGGAUGGCUGCAGGUGACCUGUUCAGGCUUGCAUCUAAGGCCAUGGCAUUUGUCCCGAAGGUCAGAGAAUGUCAGAGAGCUGCUUUCCAGAAUCUUUUGAGACAAAGCUCUUGGUCCGAAGGCAGCCGUGAUAGUAACCCUGUCAUUGUUUUGCAUGCAGACGAUUUGGGGUUCAUAUCAUGGCAUUUCCAGUGAAAAGUUCAAGGUAGAAAGAGUUCUGUCUGGAGCAGUACUGUUAAUGUACACAGUCCUGUGCUGAACAGACAAACAGACUGCAGUUCUAUUGAUGACAGAUGCAGGCAUAGCCUACAAUUGUCUAUGUGUUGUAUGUUGUAGAAGAAGGAAUAUAACAACAGUAAGGGGAGUCUUACAAUUGUGGUGGAAGCCUUUAUCGUCUUCAUUUUAAGGGAGAAGUCUUAUGAUCGUGGCAGAAACUAUGCUGGAAACAAGCAAAACCAGAAUACUCCCAGGCUCACCCCUUUCUCCUUUUUGUGCCCUUACGGAACUGUACCCAGAAGGCUCAUCCACUUCCCUCAUCCUUGAUGGUAUUAGUGCAUUGAGAAAGUUUACAGGAUCGCAGCAAUAGUUUGACUUGUUAUAAAGGCAGGUGCCAAUUUUCUAAUCACUGUGGCUGAAAACUCAGUGAAAUGAUAGAACGGAUGCCUUCUACUACUUAAUGAUUCAAAAUUCUGUAUCAAGAGCUAUGUUUUGCAAAUGUGGCAGAUUAUACUGAGUAUAUGCAUACAUAUUUUUUUUUCUGAUCUGUUCUAUUUUUUGGCCUGACUAGGUCUGUUUCUGUUCUUUAUGGGGCAGGAAUGAGAAGCUAUGCUGGCUGGGAGAUCAUGAAAGUUAAUGUCCAGUCCAUCUGUGGGACGCCAGGUUGGGGGAAACCGAGUUAUACUGUGAAGUAUUCUGUGGUGAAUUUCAUUGUGUGUCACUGCUGGGGUAUCAGUUUGCAAAUCAAAUCUUUUGGGACUUAUGUCUCAAUUGAUGUAUGCUGUAAUUCCAAUAAAAGAAUGGUAAUUAAAUUUAA